AUGGUCGAGCAAAACUUUGUACAGGAGUCCAAGCUGUUUCUAAAAGACGUUUGGUCUGAUUUUGAAAACACCCAUGCAGACGACUUGCGCGCGUUCGAGACGAUUCAGCUCCCCAUCCACGUCACGGAGAAUCCCACGACUAAGAUCUACCGUGGUAAUAAAUAUCGCAUUCCACUCAAUCAGCAUGUCAGCGGCCAGCUCUUUGGGUUUCUUGAGCGACAAGAAGAUGCGGGUGGCAGUGUUAUCACACUGUUACUACAAACAUACUGCCAGGUCGACUCAACUGCCCGCGGACCGAUUGAGCCCUAUAGCUUUGAGGCAAUUGCCCGCCGAGCUCAGAACGCUGAUCUAGAUGAAGCUGAUGUUCGGGAGGGAAUCCCGGGCGUUUUCACGGGUGUCAGCAACCGUGACAUCUUGGACACACACGCGGCGUUGAAACUGGGCCCACUUCCCAUGGAGCUGGAACUACGCGACGAUGUGCGUGCCGAGCUUGAGGAACAGGACCAGCGACAACCACCCGCUGCGGGUGUUCCGUCUCUUGUAUCAGAAUUCGAUGCAAAGAUUAAGCAAGAGGAGGGAGCAGACGGUCCCUCACGUACCGACCUUCCCCUUCCGCCAUCUCGCGCCAGAGAUGUUGUCAUCGAAAUGCAGAAGAUACGCGAGACCCGAGAUCGGUUUCAAAUUGAAGAUCGGACCGGAGGUCCGGUGUUCCGGGUGCUUUGGAGCCCCCACGGCCAUUACUUUCUGACUGCUGGUUGGGAUAAGACCGUUCGUAUUUUCACACAAGAUCAUGCCUCAGCACAGCGGUUGCUUGUAGGCCACAACACGAGCAUAUCGGCCAUCGCCUGGCACUCCAACGGGACUUACGUCUUUUCGGCAUCCGAUGAAACGGACAAAACCAUUCGCAUGUGGUCCGCCAUUAAAGGCGAUUGCGUCCGAGUUUUUACUGGCCACACAGACUACAUCAGUGCACUGGAAUGCGCGCCGAAUGGUAGGAUCCUCGCCAGUGCCGACGCUGGAGGGACCAUUAUCAUUUGGGAUAUCACGAAGGGAACUCGCAUCAAACGAUGCCGGGGCCACGCAAAAGGCGGCAUAUCGUCCCUGAGUUUUAGUGCAGAGUCAACCGUUCUCGUCUCUAGUGGCCUGGAUGGCACCCUUCGCUUGUGGGAUAUCAACCUUCCAAAGGACGCCAGCAAAACCCCGGCCGUCCUGGGGACAGCGCCGGGCUCAGCUCUUGCUUCGUCGUCAAACCAGUCAGGAGAUAUUGGUGGGACAGGCGGUGAGUCCCUAGCCGGGGCUCGCUCUCAGGACCGCAGCAUCACAGUUGGCGGCCAGCCGCCGUCACCGGCCACGGCAGCAACCGCGGCCGGUGCGGCGAGCGGUACAAACAACGGUGGGGCGGGCAAGAAGAAAGGAAAAGAGGUGACAAUAACACCUGAUCAGAUCAGCGCAUUUGCCACCAAGAAGACACCGAUUCUGCGCGCAGAGUUCACAAGGAUGAAUCUCGUUGUUGCAAGCGGGUGUUUUGACCCGUGA